AAAAAUUAAAAAAAAGAAUAAAAAAAAAGGGAAAAAUAUCUUUGAUCGCAGCAAGCCAAGGAAAAACUAGCCAAAAAAAUCAUGUGCAAUUGCUGUUUAAUAACCAGGGACUAAGCGAGCGGGUGCAUUGAACGCGCACAAGUGUCCAAUCGGAGCGCGACAGAACCCCAAAUCGGAGAACUCCGAGUGGCCAGUAAAGCAGCAGCAGAAAGGUUCUUUCCAAUUUGUUUGGACGACGCUCGGCGGCGUGAUCAGGGGAUUCCCCCUUCCGCCUGACAUGGCCAUGCACUCGUACAUGCGCCAGGGAUCGGGCUCGGCUCCUGGAGCGGGAAUGGCAGCCGUGGCGGCCGCAGCGAGUGCCCCGCCGGUGCCAAGUCCGGACGAGAUGCACAGCUUCCUGAAGGACAAGCAGGCAUGGGAGCACGCCAUCUCGCUAUACCAAGGCCCCGAUCCCCUGGAUCACUGGUACAACUACAUCUGCUGGUACGAGAAUCAUUCGCACAGCGAUCCAGAGCUUAAGUUCCGCGAAACCCUGGAGCGCUGCCUCACCGUCUACGAGCACAACGACUACUAUCGCCAGGACCCACGCCUGGUGCGUCUGUGGCUAAAGUACAUAGCCAUGCAAACGGAUCCGCUACACUUCUACCAGGUCCUCUUUCAACGCGGUACGGGCCGUCAGGUGGCCGCCUUCUAUAUUGGAUGGGCUGCCUAUUACGAGUCGCGAGAGGAGUUCAAAGAUGCUGAGGCGGUCUUCAAUCUGGCCUUCCAGGAGAAGGCACAAAGCAAUGCGGAACUGCAGCAUGCACACUCCAAGUUUAACUAUGCGAGAUCGAUGUUCUACCAGCGGCAACAACAGCAGCAACAGCAACAUCAACAGCAGCAGGAUGCCCUGCAGCAGCUUACAAACUAUGCACAGCAGCAGUUGCCGCAUUCUUAUCCGCCGCAGCACCGUCCCCAGCCAUAUCAGCAGAAUAUCUAUCAGCAAUAUCAUCCGCAGCAGCAGCAACAUCAGGCUCCUCCACAGCUUCAGCCUGCACCACAGCAGCUUCAUCAGCCUCCAGAGCAGCCACAGCUGGGCUAUCAGGCGCACUACCAGGAGCAGCCGCGCUAUGAGCAUCAGCAGCAUCCUGCCCCGCGACCAGCAACAGCAACAGCACAUAUUCAACCUCAGUAUGCUGCUCCAGUGGCAGAGCCGCAAUAUGUUCCAACCCAGCAGCAACCUUUGCCGCAACAGCAGCAACAGCCACCUCCGCAACAUCAUGAACCGGCUGUUCCACAGCAACAUGCCCAUCCUCAACAGCAACAACCGCCACAGCCGCUUCCGCAACAGAACGGCAAUCGCAAUGGUAAUGCCCAUGCGGCGCCCCAAUCGUCACCCACAGCAGCAGCAGCCAGUGAUGUGACUGGCCUGCGUUUGCCGCGCAAUUUUCAUGCGUAUGGACGCAACAAUCACGAGACCUGGAAACCAGCUUUGACUCUAGAAGAGCCGGAUGAUCCCUCGCGGGUGUGCCACUAUGCCAAGCAGUUGGUCUAUCCUCCGGGCGCCGGCAUUGAGUACAGUCCCGAGGAGAUUCUAUCCCGCAAAUACAAGCAAGUGAAGCCGCCGCAAGAGCCACAAGUACAAGAAGAGACGCAGCCGCAGCAGCAAGAGCAGCAGGCACUGUAUGAUUCCUAUGGGUCGGAGACCUCUUACUACAUGACUGCCGUGGAUGGAGCUCUUUACGGGCAUAAUAACAACAGCAGUAGUGGCCAGGAGAACGCAGGCGAGGAGGACGAAGAGAACGAAGCGGAAGAAGGCGAAGCGGCUGACGAAGAUGACGAGGAAGAAGAUUCCGAUGGAGGAGAAGAAGAUGAGGAUGAGGACGAGGAGGAAGAGCCUAGCGAACCAGCUUACACCAAUGGCGUGCAGUUUAGCGCGCAGACCACCUUUGAGCAGGAGAACCGCUCAAUCAUCAAGUUCAAAAAGGAGCCCAGCAGCACCUACAGUGCCUAUACCAUUGAGAACGUCUACCAGCAGCAACAGCAGCAGCAGGAGCAGGAGCAACCCCAGGAACAUCAGCAGCAACAGAUAAUCCAACAGCCGCCACAGGCACUUCAUUACCCACCGCCGGAGCCAGUUCCAGGCUCUCCCAUACCCGUCCAGCGUCAACGCAAUGGCGGCGGCAACCAACACCACCACUUCCAUCCGUACAUGCUGGGCCAGACGUCGACACCCAAGAGCGAGGCGAACGGCUAUCGCCGGGCUCGAACCAAAGUCAAGCGCAGCAAGUUUCAGCCUGAUCUUUGCAGCAACAGCAACUCGGCAUCCUCGGCGGCGGAUGUGUUGGCUUCCACGGCUAGUUCCAGCAGCGUGGCUACCGGAGCAGCACUUGGCGGUUUCAACGACAACGCCAAUUUUUCGUUCUCCAGCGCCAGUGCCUUGGACAAUUCCAAUAGCUCGCUCUCCUUGGCUGUGGAUAGACUUAAUUUUCGCGACUCCGCCUCCCAGCAUCAUCAGCAACAGCAGAUUUUGCUCCAAUCGGUCAAUAAGACAUUGCAAACGCACAAUAAUAACAAUAGUACCAGCAAUAAUAACAAUGGCAACAGCAGCACCCUGGCGGACUUCUCCACGUUCCAGGAGAACUCGUACUUUGCCACCCAGCACGACACAGAGGCUCAGGAGCGUCGGCUGUCCAAGGCUGUGGAGACAAUAGCCCGCCACAUGGCCAAGGAGGCCAUUGAUCCGUUCAGCAGCGAACUCUGUCGCGCCUUCCUCGCCAAGCUGGACUUUCCGGGCGAUCAUGAUGCCCAUGCUAGCUACAAGAUCGUGCAAACGCCACUGCCAAAAAUAUCCAACACUCGCACCCUCAAUGUCCUCGAAGGCGUCACAUUCAACAUCGAUAAGGAGGUGGGCCGCGGUUCCUAUGGCUCGGUAUACAAAGCCACUGAUUCGCGAACCGGGAAUGUGGUGGCCCUUAAGUUCCAAAAGCCCCCAAAUACAUGGGAGAUUUACAUAUGUGAUCAGGUGCUGAAACGCAUCACAGAGCCGGAGAUUUUGCCCGGUUUGAUGGACAUUUCCACGGCGAUAAUAGCACCAAAUGCCAGCUUAAUAGCCACCGAAUUCUCUCCCUUCGGCUCUCUGCUGGACAUCAAUAAUAAGUUACGUCAGGCUACCACAAAGGUGAUGCAUGAAUCCCUGGUGAUGCAUUUCUCGUCACAGAUCUGCAACAUUGUGGACCAUCUGCAUCGUCAUCACAUCAUCCAUGCGGACAUUAAGCCCGAUAAUUUCCUCCUGAUGCGUGUGCCCAGUGUGGACAGUCCGUUGCCGUCGCUGCGAUUGAUUGACUUUGGUUGCGCCAUCGACAUGUCACUGUUUCCGGACGCCGAACGUACCAAGUUCCGUAAGGUUGUGCAGACGGAUGGAUUCACCUGCAUCGAGAUGCAGGAGGGACGCAGUUGGUCCUACGAAACGGAUCUCUUCUGUAUUGCGGCCACCGUGCAUGUGAUGUUGUUCGGUGAGUAUAUGCAGCCGCUGAAGCGGGGAGCCAACUGGGAGAUUCGUCAGAAGUUGCCGCGUUACCUCAAGAAGCAUGUGUGGACCAAGUUCUUUGGUGACCUGCUCAAUAUGCAGGCGGACAAGCUGCCGGCGCUGCAGGAGAUGCGGUUAAUCUUCGAGGAGGAGGGCUUUCGCAUGGAGUCGGAGCUGCAGAAACAGAUACGCACUCUAUCCAACAUCCUGCAUCGACGAUAACCAAGCAAUUCCUAUUUCUAUUUUUGUAGAACUGUUUUUAUUGCCGACCAAGUCACCUUAUAGUUUCCAGGUGGAUAAGAUUUUCACCUUUUUAAGCCAGGGAAAAUGUUCUUUAGAUCAUUUUCUUCUCUAUUUUUUGGCCGCAGCCCUAAAACGUUCUUUAUACAUUAGUUUAGUUCUCUUUCACCAGCUAUAGCUUAGCUUCAAUAACAUUUAAAUCUUUUUUAAAUGUUUUUAUUUAUUGUUUCGAUGCCAAAAAA